CUUCUCUCUCUCUUUCUCUCUCUCUCUCUCGAGAAAGCGGUCCAGAAAAGAAAAGCAGGGUCCUCUACUUUUGACUACGCACCGACAUACACCAAGACAGAGACUAGAGAUAUGCAAUUAUACUCCGUAUGUGUUUAGUGUAAAUAUAUAUGUACAGAAGGAUAGAGGGAGGGAGAGAGUGAGACAGGAGUAAAUAAUUUUGUGGACGGAGAGGGAAGGGUUGAGCCGGAACGCUGGCGAAAUUCCUGGUGUUGGCUUUCUUAGCCACCGCGGUGGUGUACAGCGGCGGAUUGCCGGCGGGUUUUCUCAGUCUGGAGAGGGCUUUUCCGGCGAACGAGACGGUCGAGCUGGAGGUUCUCAGAGCUCGGGACAGAGCAAGGCAUGGUCGACUAUUGCAAGGUGGUGUUGGUGGCGUUGUGGAUUUCUCUGUCCUCGGUACCUCUGAUCCCUUCCUAGUCGGGCUUUAUUAUACAAAAGUUAAAUUGGGCUCCCCGCCGAAGGAAUUCAUGGUGCAGAUUGAUACUGGAAGUGAUGUCUUGUGGGUUACUUGCAGUUCGUGCAACAACUGCCCCCAAUCAAGUGGACUUGGUAUCGAGCUCAGUUUCUUUGACGCUGCCAGCUCAACUACUGGUUCUCUGGUUUCUUGUUCAGACCCAAUAUGUUCUUCUAUAGUUCAAACUGCUGCAGCUGGCUGCUCUGAACCACGUCAUCAGUGUAGUUAUUCGUUUCAGUAUGGAGAUUUAAGCGGAACAUCUGGAUUUUAUGUAGCUGAUUUGUUUUAUUUUGACACAAUUAUGGAGGCUUCUUUGGUCGCUAACUCUUCCGCUGAAGUUGUUUUUGGGUGUAGCACCUAUCAGUCUGGGGACUUGAUCAAGACUGAUAGAGCAAUUGAUGGAAUAUUUGGGUUUGGUCAACAGGAUAUGUCUGUCAUAUCGCAGUUGUCCUCACGAGGGAUUACUCCCAGGGUGUUCUCCCAUUGCUUGAAAGGGGAAGGCAAUGGUGGCGGAAUACUAGUUCUUGGUGAGAUUCUGGAUCCAAGCAUUGUCUACAGUCCCCUUGUCCCAUCACAGCCUCAUUAUAAUUUGUACCUCCGGAGCAUUGCUGUCAAUGGGCAAUUGUUGCCUGUUGAUCCAGCAGUGUUUGCCACGUCAAACAACCGAGGAACCAUUGUUGAUUCCGGAACAACUUUAGCAUACCUGGUGGAAGAAGCUUAUGAUCCUUUCGUGAUGGCUAUAACUGCUUCUGUUUCACAAUCUGCAACACCCAUUAUUUCAAACGGACACCAGUGCUAUCUAGUACCUGCCAGUUACAGUGUCAAUGAGAUAUUUCCUCCAGUGGCUUUAAACUUUGCUGGUGGUGCAUCCAUGGGUUUAAGACCAGAAGACUACCUUGUGCAUUACGGUUUUCUUGAUGGUGCUGCAUUGUGGUGCAUGGGGUUUCAGAAAUCUCAGAAUCAAGCAGUAACUAUUUUAGGAGAUCUUGUUCUUAAAGAUAAGAUCUUUGUAUAUGACUUGGAUCGUCAACGGCUUGGAUGGGCUAGUUAUGAUUGUUCAUUAUCGGUAAAUGUCUCCGUAACUCCUCGCAAGGAUGGAUUCCUGGAUGCUGGACUCCUGAGUAUGAGCAGUUCAUCAACAAAUACACUCUUCAAGUUGAUAUUUACCUUCAUUUCCCACCUCGUGCAUAUAACACUCUUCAUUGGGUUUCUCUUACUAUAAAUCGAAUCCUCUGCUAUAACAACCCCAUUCUUUGCUUGAUAAUACCUAUUGGUUUUGCUGAUUUUUAUUAUACCAAUCAGAAGGGCCUUGUGGUGGUAUUCCACUGGUUCCUGCAUAUAGCGCUGUCCUCUGCUAUCUUUUCCCAUUAUUUUCUUGCUACUAGAGAAAGGAGAUUUCUCUCGUAAAGGUGCCAACUCUGCCUAGAAAUUGACUUUCUCUUGUUGAGUGUCGAUCUUGACCACCACGGCAUUGCUUUCUACUCUGUGGCCUAGGGUUGCAGAAGGAAAUUAAGGUCAUUGGGACUGGAAGUAUAACAAGAUAGUUUGUAGUGAUAGCUUUAGAGUUGGCUUUUGCAGCUGGUUUGCUGUUGUUAGACACAUGGAUGUUCAUUUUUCCUUUUUCUUAUGCUUUUUUGCCUUUUAUUUUCUAUUCUCGUUGUCCUCCUUUUUGGGGGCCAAUAUGUAUUUUUAGUAUGUCUAAUUUCAUGAAAUGAAGGUACAUUUUUGUUGUCGCACUACAUAUUGAAAUUUAUUAAUGAAAAAUAUUCCUUUCGAGAAAUAAAGAAAUGAAAUAUUUGAUUUGUAAGCAAAA